AUCGACGAACUGUCUUCCCGGGCUGGGCAGGAUGAGGACUGGGGCUGACGUGAAGCCGUCCUUGAGUUUGCUGAAGGCCGCCCGGCAGGCAGUGUCCCACUCAAAAAAGUUGUGGGGAGAGAUGCCGUGGUGGUAUUUGCUGAUUGGAAGACCAUCAGGGAAGACCGAGGGCCCAAGAGGUGGCAGUGUCGUCUGCUGGGUCACGUGUAUCCUUGUCCUUGGUGCCAACUCUGCUGCGCACUGACGGAGGGUGACAAAUUGGAGCAGGUCCAGCGGCUCCACAUAAGAUGGAAAAGCAGUACCCAGGACCGUACUCAACGAGACUACACCUGUCCAUCUUACCGAGCUUGCGGCGUGGUAAACGUCACCAGCAAUUGUCAGAUGUAGAAGUGCAAAAGGUGCCUUGGAGGAAAGGACAUCCCGGUGGUGGAACGAGGAUGCAACUAAACCGUCACUUCAGUAGUCCCCAUGUGCCACUACAACAGGACGACCAAGACCUGCAAUGAGCAAAACUGGACGAGGUGGACGAUUACCGUAAAAGAAAACCUGUUUUUUUUUUAACAGCACUGAAAUCUCGGGACGGAACACAUUUUUGUAUAUAAUGUGGGUGUUACCUUGGAAACCUAAUGCUACAAGAACACACAUAGCACCAGUCUUAGAUACCUGUACACACAUGGCACAAGCCAGGGUUAAAACCCGAGUGUACUGGGAAAUAAAAUUCUCCGAUAUACCACACUGUACACGAAGACGUAGAGCUUGGUACGAUACUCUCUUAGGAGGAAUGGGAACACUGUAUGGUGUAGCUAAUGCUGCAGAUAAUGAAGUAACCAGAACAAUGUUAUCUAACACAGGGCAACAUGCAUCAGAGGCUAUACAUCAGGUAGGGGUAUGGCUUCCAAAAGCUAUGAUAGGGCAAUUGGAAAACACAGGUGUUUGGAAAAAGGCAUUUACGUGGGAGUUAAAAUUAUGGAAUGAAACGUAUGAUGCGUUAAAGAAUCUAUCACAUAUAGGUAAAUGGACAACCUGUGCAUUGCAAAUGAUACAUGCGGAAGCUCAAAAAGAGUGAUUCCAGAGAAGAAUGACAACGGGAAAUUAUCACGAAUGGAGACGGGUUUGGAAUAUUGGUAGCAAACUUUGGUUACAGUUACACUCGGAGCGAACAAAAUGCAACAGUACAUAUUGUGCUGGGUAUUGGACUCAGUGCAAUGUCUCUACUGUUAAAACGAUAUGUAAGUAUCAAGUAUUACCGGUGAUUACUACCACAGGAUUUUGGUUUCUACAUCUGGAUGGAGAGUGGAUGGAUGUGGGAACAAAUACGACUUAUGAGAUGAAAAUGUGUGACGAAACAGACAGAGGAAUGGCGUGUACAUUACAACAGGGACACAGCCAUCCAUGUUUAACCGACUCAGAGGCUGUACUUUGUGAUCGGACUAGGGAGCCACGAAGGGAGAUGUUGUGGCAAAUCGGACCACAUGCUCUAUGUGUGGCAACAAUGCAAAAUAAUUCACAAGUACCAUCGGUUCCUUUCGUUGGUUGCUUAUAUAAUGUGCACCUAUGGCAUUGGGGAAACCAGACGUAUCGUUUGACGAAUUACUCUGUGUCUAAUCGGCUGACACAAGUACAAUGGGAUGUACUAAAGAAUCCCUGGAACAUCUCACUGGAGCGUUUCAAAUGCGCAUUGGAACAAUCCACUGAAGUUCAGAAAAUUAUACAGUCACAUACGUCUAACAUCUCCAAGCUCAUGGUGUCCACAUUAGUAGCCAGCGGACGGGUACAACAUGCUGCUAAAAUAGUACAACAGUCCUCAGCCCAUCACUGGUGGGACAUCUUUUCAGGGAUCUCAGUCACUGCUUGGAGGACUUUGGUGCCCCCUCUGAUUCUGUUAGUUAUUUUAAUAGUAUUGCUAUCACUAUGUAAUCUGCUAACGUGUAUCUACGUAAGACGUAUCCGAGCUGAAGUGGAGUGGGUGAUUAUGCAACGCAUGAGAUGAUUGUACGCCUUGAGAAAAGUAAUGGACACUUCGGUGUCGAGAACUACACUGUUAAGUUGGUGCCUCACCCCACUCAUAUAUACAUUUAUGCUAGAUGGCAAGGAUGUUUAUCACAUCAAUUUAUUCACAGAAACCUAACGUUGCGGGAAUUAUGGUCCAUGUUCUUUCAUGACAUCAUGAAUCACACUGGAAAUGGAAUAGUGUUACCAUCGACGUUUGACGGGUAGAUCAACUAAUAUGUGAAGCCUCAAGAGUGGAAUGAAAGGAGUGUUAAUUAGUGAUGCUUCCCAUAACCGCUGAAUACCCGAAUGUAUUCUGCAACCAUGGUUAUAUAAGUUGUUUUUCACUCACCUGUUUUUCACUCACUUGUUUUUCUGGUCAAGACGUCUUGACCGUUUCACUAUCGUGUUCGCAUGCAUACACUCACUUGUUUUUCGCAUAUAAGUUGUUUUUCACUCACUUGUUUUUCUGGUCAAGACGUCUGGACCAUUUCACUAUCUUGUUCACAUGCAUACCAAAGACGAACAUUGUUGUGGGGUGUCUUGACAGUUAUGGCUGCGUAAGAUGUUUCUCAGAGCCUGAAGGACACACUUAGGUGUCAAUAGUAAAUCAAGAAACAAUUGUUGUGGCGCCAGGUGGGACGGGUAGGCCACCCGUCCUUUCUCUCGCACGCAACUGAAAAGUAUAAUAGAGAGAUGCAGAGUACAAACAGGCAGAGUCUGCUGCGGGUUUCGUACGGACGCCCAGCUGGUUGACAAGCGGACCUCUACCUGGGUGAACGGCUCUCCACCUUCUCAGCAUAGGUAAGGGGCUCAUAUGAUUGAUUUCACGCAAUGUCAACUUUAUUUUGAGAACUUGCAUUUGAUCGAAAUAAAUAUGCCAGUUAUUAGGCUAAAUAGCA